CGGUAGAGAGGGAGGGGAAAAGUUGGACACGGACAAUCUUGCAGGAACUUUUUUCUUCUUUCCUUCUCUGUGGAAGAAGCCUCAAGAAAAACAUUCAGUGGAUUACAUUUGAUUUGCAUCGCCCCACUAGAUUUCCAAUCUGGUCCCUGGAUACAUACGCAUUCAUUAACGGAUUAAUGUGGUCGCAAAUUUGGGGGAUUUAUCAAUAGUUUAAGCUGGUGGCUGAGGUGAGGUGAGGUGGGGUGAGGUGUUUUCGGAGGAGUGAAACCAUGUGGCUUCUCUGCUCCUCUCUGACUCUGUUGGCCCUCAGCUUCGGGUCAUGUGACACGCUGACAUCAGAGCAAGAUGUACAGUGCCCAACGUUACAAGUGGAUGAGUGGAAGUUUCCUCAGACGGCCAAGCACAAUAUCACUGGUUUUAAUCUGGUGAGGCGAUUCUCCUUGCUCAAGAGUGCAGAUGUCAAGAAGAUCCGCAACCCUCGAGGACCCGUCAUCCUCCGCCUGGGCAAGACUGCACUCCUACGCCCCACCGAUCAGGUGUUUCCUCAUGGCCUGCCUGAGGAGUUCACCCUGAUCUUCACCCUGGCAUUGAAGAAGGCUGCCCUGAGAGACACCAUCUACCUCUUCCAGAUAUCUGAUCAGCAGGGCUACCCGCAGCUCUCUGUAGACCUCAAUGGCCCCGAUGCCAGCCUGUCCCUGCGUGCCAGGGGGGUAGACCCCGCAGCAGACCUGGUGAGCUGCGUUUUCACCGGGGAGGGGGUGGAAGCCCUGUUGGACUUGCGCUGGCACAAGGUGGCCUUCAGCGUGCAACACGGAGCCGCCUCUCUCCACGUGGACUGCAACUCCAUUGAGACCAAACCCCUGGAGCCCCAUGGUGUUGUUCCCACUGACGGACACACUCUGCUGGGCAUUCGAGCUUUGGAUGCUGGACCUGUGCAGAUGGACAUUCAGCAAGUGAUGCUGUAUUGUGACCCCUCCCUCGCCAUUCAGGAGGCCUGCUGUGAUAUACCUGGGGCAAGGUGCCCACCAGAGGCUUCCAAAAGCCGUCGUGCUGCUGAGAAUGACCUGUUGGAAAACACUUUCAACCAGGAUAUUUUUGCAUCCAAGGAUGUGGCAGAGAAAUGUGCUGGUUGUUUACUCCUGAAUAGGGAAGAAAAUGUAAUAAAUCUUGGUGGACUUGCUGGGUUGAAAGGGGAAAAAGGCGACCGGGGUGACGGCUGUUCUGGCUCCCAUUCAGGUCCAUGCACAGAGGGAUCCAAGGGCCAGAAGGGAGAGAAAGGCGAGCCGGCACUGCCUGCCAACUGGGGCGAAGCAGCUGGGUACAAGGGAGAAAAAGGUCAAAAGGGAGAGAUCGGUGUACAGGGUCUCACAGGCACUCCGGGGAAGGACGGUCGAGCAGGGUCCAUCUGUGUAGUCGGCCCGAAGGGACAGAAGGGUGCCCCAGGUUUGGUGGGCCCUGAAGGGUUGGCCGGGGAGCCAGGGAAGCCCGGACAUCCAGGCCCACCAGGAGUCGGAAAGCCCGGCCCACCAGGCCCUCCGGGUGAACCGGGUGGUGCAAAAGGAGACAAGGGAGACACAGGACCGAAGGGAGAAGAUGGAUUGCCAGGAGAUCCAGGACCAAGAGGAACAGCAGGGUAUAAAGGAGAGAAGGGUGAUCCAUGCGAAGUGUGCCCUGUGCUGCCUGGAGACAUGGGUAACACAGUGGCUCUGCAAGGAAAGCCAGGUCCUAAAGGAGAUACUGGAUUACCAGGGAUAGGGGAGAGGGGACUGCCGGGGCCCCGAGGUGCAGAUGGCAAGGCAGGACAGAAGGGAGAAUCAGGAUCAGACGGCUCCAAAGGAGAAAAGGGAGACCCCUGCUCUGUGUGCCCCAGUCUUGGGGAGUUACCCCCUAAUCUCUUUCCCGGUGUCAUGGCCAACACACUGCAGCAGAAGGGUGAGAAGGGAGAGCCUGGGAUUGGACAGAAGGGAGAGCAAGGGAAGCCAGGGAAUGUAGGAUCACCUGGUCUUAGAGGAGAGAAGGGUACUGCAGGCAGCAAAGGAGCUGACGGUAAGCCGGGAAAGCCUGGGUCAGGGGGACCCAGUGGCAAGGAUGGACAGAAAGGCUCAAAGGGAGAGCCAGGGCCGCCUGGUAUUGGUCUUCCUGGCCCGAAGGGCGAGUGCGGUGUGUGCCAACCAUCUGAGUUUGGUAGCGGCCCCACCGGCAUCAAAAUGCCUGACGGAACAAGAGGCGAACCAGGCCUUCCAGGUCCACCUGGACUUCCUGGUCUCGGAGCUGAUGGAAAACAGGGCCCACCAGGUCUUGCUGGUACAAAAGGAGAAAAGGGUGAACGUGGAGAUCAGGGAGAUAAGGGAAUGGACGGAGCUGCUGGAGCCCCAGGACUGCCCGGAGAGCCUGGUCGGGAUGGAUCAAUGGGCUUGAAAGGAGAGAAGGGUGAUGCAUGUACCAGCUGUCCUUCUCUGGGCAUUGCGGUGGGUGACGGUUUAGCCGUGCCAGGCCCGAAAGGAGAGAGAGGAGAACCUGGACCCCCAGGACAAGGAAAAAAUGGCAAAAAUGGAAAACUAGGCUUACCAGGAGUGCAGGGGCCCACCGGUCCCAAAGGAGACAAGGGAGAAGCUGGAGCUGCUGGAGUUGGCCUUCCAGGACCACAAGGUGAAGAGGGACCAAGAGGACUCCCAGGGCUUGUAGGGGCUCCUGGAGCCAGAGGACUGACUGGCCCUGUUGGCCCUGCAGGGGAAAAGGGUUUUAAAGGAGAUGUCGGGCCCCCAGGACCACAGGGACCUAUGGCCAUUGGAGUUGCAGGGCCCCCAGGUAGAGAUGGAGCCCCUGGCUCUCAAGGAUUGCCAGGAGCUGACGGCAGACCUGGACUUGAUGGAGCUAAGGGGGACAAGGGUGUACCUGGAGAGUGCAACUGCAUAAUACCAGCGCACUCGGGCAUAGGCGGACCUGGAGCUCCAGGAACUCCAAUAAACACAUGGCAGCCCGGGCCUCAGGGCCCACCAGGACCUCCUGGCCCGCCUGGCCCACCUGGGCCUCGGGGUGUCAAUGGAAUCCAAGGACCACAGGGUAUCCCUGGAAACGACGGGAUACCGGGGAACCCGGGUUUGCCUGCACACAUCAACCCCACUGGACAGCACCUGCUGCCUCAAGACUCUACUAGAGGAGAUGGUGAUGAGGACUGUGGUGAGGGCUGUUCCCAAGGGUUACCAGGGGUGCCAGGUAUGGCCGGUACAAAGGGAGAAAAAGGAGAAGAGGGCAAGCCUGGUGUAACCCCCGCGGACAGCUGUGACAAGUGUUUGGAGAGACUGCAGAGAGUGCAGGCGACACAACCAGUGGAGGACCGAUCCUGCACAGGAGCACCAGGAGUUCCUGGAAUGUCUGGAUUGCCAGGAACAAGAGGAGAGCCAGGCCCACCAGGAGAGAGGGGCCAAGCUGGAAUACCAGGAAACAUGGGACCUCCCGGUUUCCCAGGUCCUCAGGGCCCAUCUGGUUUACCUGGUCAGCAGGGUGAGCGAGGGCCACCCGGCGUCACAGGAUUGAAGGGCGAGCAGGGCCCUCCGGGUACGUCAGGGUAUCCAGGAACCAUGGGACCGCCUGGAAUGCCUGGACUGAAGGGCGAACGCGGGAGCCCAGGAAGCAGCGGUCAGAAAGGAGAAUCAGGUCCUCCCGGUAACCCUGGGUACCAAGGACAGGCUGGCUCACCGGGCAUUAAAGGAGACACAGGACCAGCAGGGCCUGUUGGUGCCAAAGGGGAUCAGGGUUUCCAAGGACAGCCAGGUUUCCCAGGACCACCAGGUCUACCGGGUCUUGCCGGCAAAACUGGAAGGGAAGGGGCCUCUGGGCUCAAAGGUGAAAAGGGCAAUGAUGGCGCGCAAGGCUCUCAGGGACCAACUGGAGCCCCAGGCUCACCAGGAUCCCCAGGGCUGAUGGGCCCCCCUGGCAUUGAGGGACUAGAUGGAAAAGAUGGAAAACCGGGGCUGCGGGGAGAAACAGGCCCUCCAGGCCCAGCAGGACCACGAGGAAUCCCAGGAUUCAAAGGGAAAACUGGCCAUGCUGGCUUCCCUGGGCAGAAGGGUGAUGUUGGACCUGCAGGUCCCCCUGGACCAUCAGGCAGACCGGGACAUGAGGGUGAUCCUGGUACUCCAGGAGCUAUGGGUCGACCUGGACCCCCCGGCCACAUUGGCUCUACAGGUCCAGCUGGACCUCCUGGGCCUUCUGGUCCAUCAGGAGUGGGUAUAAAAGGAGAUAAGGGCCAAGCUGGUGAGAGGGGUCUUCCAGGGAUGGGUGGGAACCCAGGACCACCAGGGCACCCAGGGCCCAUGGGAGAGCCGGGCAGUGACGGUGCUGCUGGCAAAGACGGAGUGGCAGGCCUACCAGGGGAAAACGGGCAGCCAGGUCAAAAGGGUGAGCCCGGGGCUGCAGGCCAAAAGGGUUCUCCAGGGGAGAGAGGUAGACCAGGGCCCCCUGGUGGUGGAGGUUACCACUCUAAGGAUGCACAACCCAUGAUUGGGCCAGUCGGACCCAGGGGUGAGAGGGGAAGCCCUGGCUCAUCGGGCCCCCCAGGGCUCCCGGGAACUCCAGGGUCACCAGGAAAUGACGCUGUAGUCAAUUACGAUGAAAUCAAGAACUUCAUCCGCCAGCAGGUCAUCAAGAUCUUUGAUGAGAGAAUGGCCUACUACAUGUCUCGCAUGCAGAUGCCAGUGGAGAUGGUGGCAUCCCCAGGUCGGCCUGGGCCACCAGGGAAAGAUGGAACGCCAGGUAAUCCCGGGUCCCCAGGUGCACCAGGACUCCCAGGACAGAUAGGCAGACAAGGUCGGCCAGGAGGCCAAGGUCCCCCAGGACCACGAGGACCACAAGGAGAAAAGGGAGAUAAGGGUGUCGGAGAGAUGGGAGAUGUAGGACCCCCGGGAGCACCAGGUGUCCCAGGCCCCCAAGGCUACGGUAAAAUGGGACCCCCAGGUCCAGUUGGCCAGCAGGGUGUUCCUGGUAUCCCAGGCCCUCCGGGGCAGCCUGGGACAAAGGGAAAUGAUGGCCGGUGUAAUCCGGGAGACUGUAUGAGCCAUCAAGUAGAGUACAGCCCCAAGGGCCCACCUGUCAAGGGCCCCUGGUAGAGGGCUAGAAGUGAUGGAGGAAAGUGGCAGAGGGGACUGAAGCAAAGAGACUACGGAGAAGACAGAAAGCCAAAGACCGUGACCCAAAAUUAUUAAAUCGGACCACAAGAUGAUAUAAAGGAGCUCCUUUGUUUUUGAAUAGUAUAGAUUUACCCACACAGAUUUCUACUGUUCUGGGCAAAAAUCCACAAUUUCUUUGUAACGGCCCCGCUGGAAUGAGGCCUGCAAAGACACACCGGCAGCACGUUUUAAUUGCAUCAUUCUUUUUCCCAGUGAAUGCCAAUUCAUUGCUAUAUUACUGCCUCUUAUUUUGGUGUCAACUCUUUUUUGUCUCACUGUGUUUCAUUCCUUUUGUACAUGUUCAGACUACCCAGGGGAGGUGACAAGAAUCACAAUCUGUAUUUUCUUCUCCUUGAUUAAUUCUGGUUUCUUCGGUUUUUGUCAUUUUCUUUGUCUAAGUCUUUGGAGGAGAAUACACACAAUUAUUGUAGCACUUUGCUUCCACCUCUCAUAUCUUUGUUCCUUUCUCACAGAAUCACAUUCGGAGUGCAUCCCAUGCAUUUCUAAUAUUCUGUCUCAGUGCUUGUGGUGUGAUAUAUUAGAAUUUGACUUCUAAGAGAAUAUCCCGAGAAAUGUAUUUCAGUUCUGUAGAAACAGAUGCCAAAACCAGCAUUCAUAACAUUUUUGAUGGAUUGACUGUUUUGUAUAUAUUUAUAUUUAUAUAUAGUGGCUUUUUAUACUUUUUCAACAGAUUUGAUAAAAGGCAAUCCGCAUGGCAAGCCACUUAUUUUUCAUUGUCGAUGGUUAUAAAGCAGCAAAAGAAAUGCCAAAGGAAUAUUGUUCUAAGGAAUAAUGUGUUCAGUAAAAGACAAAAUAUUUAUGUAAGAAAACUGCAUUUACACAAGAAAGCAUAUUGGCUUUUGUAAUUAUGUUGCUAAAGUUCACUUUGUGUUAUUUUUACUCCGUUCAUUUGGAAAAUGCAGCCAUUUUUGAGCAUCUCAUCUCAUUGAGGAUUUUAAAGUAGCUGUAAUAGUAAAUACUAAAAUCUGUCUGCUUCACCAGACACUUGUGUAAGAAAAUAUAAGGAAUAAUUGAGCCCAUUCACCACAGGUACUGUAAUGCAAUACACUGAGCACAGCCACCAAACCCUCUUAUGAUUGCGUAAAGAUAAAGAAAAUAUUCUGAAAAGCAUCGAAACAGCUUUUGUAGUGUUACAUGUUACUGUAUUUUGGGGUUGAUUUCUGUAAUUUUUAAAAUAAUUUUUAUAUCUUGAAAUCUAUGGACUAAGCACUACUUUCUCUGUAGUUUAAUCGGCAGUUUAAACUAUGAGCUGUGGUCAGACUUGUUUCUCACAAGCUAGCCCUUGGGAAAUGUUCAAACCCAAUCAAAUAGCUUUUCAAGCAGUCAGGCUGUGUUGUAUCAAACACUACUCAAAUCCAGUUGUCCUUCUGAGGAUGGAUUCUGAGACAGUGGCCCCUGGGCACAGACAUACUAAAGGUCCCCCACCUCUUUAACAGAGCUGACUGAACUUCAGACUGAAGUUGUAGUUGCUUUGUGUCUCUUUGUAGUUGUUUUGUUUGUCUUUGUAGUUGUGUUGUGUCUCUUUGUAGUUGUUUUGUUUGUCUGUGUAGUUGCUUUGUGUCUGUAGUUGUUUUGUUUGCCUUUGUAGAUGUUUUGUAUUUUUUUGUAGUUGCUUUGUGUUUCUUUGUAGUUGUUUUUUGAAAAAUCUGUAUUUUCUGUGUCUUUGUAGUCGUUUUGUUUCUUUGUGGUUGUUUUGCAUCUCCCUCUUUGGUCAUUUUGUAGUUCUUUGAUUGACUUCUCAACAAGAAAAAUUGCUCAAACAGAGGCUUGGGCCUAUAGGCCUGUGCUAUGUAGGCAUGUUCAGUAAUCCAUCUGUUUUUGUCCAUCAACUCUCCAGCCUGUGUUUAUAUUUCUGUACUGUCAUUGUUGUCCAAGCCAUAAUGUGCCUUGCAUAUGUUGUAUUAUGGAACAUUUGAGAAAAAAAAACAUACAUUUUGAAAGCAAAA